AUGCUGCCUUGGCAACAGCAACAGCAGCAGCAGCAGCAGCAGCAGCAGCAGCAGCAGCAGCAGCAGCAGCAGCAGCAGCAGCAGCAGCAGCAGCAGCAGCAGCAGCAGCAGCAGCAGCGAGCAGUGCAGGUGGCUGAGCUGCAGCUGCUGCGGGAGCCGCCGUCGAACGGCAAGGUGUGGCCCUCCGCGGGCGCGCAGGGGAGCAGCAACAUGGCAUGGCACGCGGCUGCGGCCGCCGCUGCCGCAAACGCCGCCCGCACGCAGGCUGUGGCGACUGGCUCCGUGUGCGGCGGCGACGGCGCCGCUCUCGCCGACUUGAUGGGCCCCCAGCAGACGCAGUGGCGGGUGCAGGCGCAGGCGCACACGCAGGCGGCGAUCUGCUCUGUUUUCGAUCAGGAUCUGAUUAUGUAUGGCGACACAGCUGUCCAGGGAGGUCCUCAGGCAAUGAGGCGCAGCCAGCCGGCGCCGCCCAUUGACCCCUUCCUGGACGUCAUGCUCGACGAGUGGGCGGAUGCACUCGAGCGCGCCCCUCCCGCCACCCACGCGGCGCCCCCGGCGCUCUCGUUCGCACAGCCGCACACGCAGCCGCAGCCACAGCCACAGCCGCCCUGGCCGGCGGGCAUCGGCGCGUCUGGCGCGUUCAGCAGUGGCGGCGGCGGCGCUGCCGCUGGCGCCGCCGCCUCGGCCUGGCAGGCGGCGCCGGAGGUUCGGGGGGCCCAAGGUGGCCGUGUGGCUGCGGCCGUGGCUGACCUGGCGGUUUCAAACGACGAGAGCAACAGCCAGGUGUUUGCGGCCGCUGAACUGGCGGGACUGCCCAGCCUGCGCACCCUGAUUGCCAGCGGCAGCAGUGCCGCGAUGGCGGCCAGCGGCCCGGCGCACGUCGCGGCGCCUUUCCCCGAGGUGACACCCGAGUGA